UCUUUAUAUAGCUGAAUAAUUAAAAAUGUUUUUGUUUAUCUCAACAAUGAAAAAUACUUUUAAAGUUGUUUAUCGACAGUCUAAUUCAAUGAAGCUAUUUUCUGUAAAACACAACUUUUUAAACAGUGUUUUUAUAAUUCAAAAAAAAGAACUGCAUUGUCGAUCUUCACCAAAUGGAAAUCUCAAGAGAAACUUCAUGUAUAAUAUAAAUACCAGAUGCUUAUCAGACUUGAACACUAAAUGGGAUGUUUUAUAUACAUUUCCACAUAUAAAAAUUUUAGGAAUAAUAUCUCGAUUUAAAAUGUACCAGCUAGCCAUUAUGGCUGCUGUUGGUUACCCUUUGUAUACUAUGCAUUUGGAAGGUCACAUAUCUGAUGUUACAUUGGUAUAUGCUGGUAUAAGUUCUUUAGGUACAGUAUUAUUAUUUAUCAUCUAUAGUUAUUUUGCUACUAAAGUUGUUGGACAACUUGCAGUUAAUCAACACGACAAUAUUAUUAGAAUCUCUCAUUUAUCUUUUUAUGGAAGGCGAAUAGAGGAAUAUGUUGAAAUAGAAAAAGUUAUUCCAAAAAGUGAUUUUACGGAAAAUAAUGAUUUUGAAAAUGUUUUUCAAAAACUUCAUAUUGAUAAAGGAAAUAAAAAGACCUAUAAGUAUGUAUACUCGUUAAGAUAUGGAAACUUAUUUGAUCGUGAGCGUUUUUAUAGAUUAUUAGGAAUUCCGUCAUUGUGAAAUUCUAAACAAAGUUUUUUUUUUUUUAAUAGUUUAUUAAUUUAGAAAAGUUUUAAAGUUUUUUUUC